UUGAAAGAAUCGUUGAUUGGCUAUUUUAAGCAAGGAAGUUUGCCGGCGUGGUAGCCUUUAUCGCGACACGCACACUGGUGUCUCCGUGCGCUCAGCCUUCCCGCUUCUGCGCAGCUUGACCCGGCCACAGCUACCCAGCCUGCCCCCUGUGUCUACUCGACCCUUGUGAGCAGCAUGUCUGAUUACGGCGGUCUUCCGACGAACGGAGUCGGUGCUGGGAUGAAAAACGACGCUUUUGCGGAUGCAGUACAACGAGCCAGACAGAUUGCAGCUAAAAUCGGUGGAGACGGUGUUUCCUCAGUGAGCAACAACGGUGGAGCUGAGAACUAUCCAUUCUCGGCACAGAAAAGAUCCCUGGAAGAAGCAGAUGAACCCGAUGCCAAGAAGGUAGCGUCACAGAGUGAAAUUGAUUCUGCAUUGUCUAUUGGAGCUCAGCUGGCGGCCCUCUCUCAACAAAGCAGUGUCAGACCCUCCACAAUGACGGAAGAGUUCCGGGUGCCUGAUGGUAUGGUCGGCCUCAUCAUAGGUCGAGGAGGUGAACAAAUUAACAAAAUACAACAGGAUUCUGGCUGCAAGGUCCAGAUUGCGCACGACAGCGCUGGCCUUUCAGACAGAACCGUUUCUCUGACUGGGUCACCAGAUGCCAUACAGAGAGCCAAGGCCCUUAUAGAUGACAUCGUGUCACGGGGUCAUGAGACGCCUAAUGGGCAGUCGGGUUCCAUGCAGGAGAUGAUCAUCCCUGCAGGCAAGGCUGGUCUUAUUAUUGGUAAAGGAGGAGAGACCAUCAAACAGCUACAGGAGCGGGCUGGAGUGAAAAUGAUUCUUAUUCAAGAUGGAUCCCAGCCACCCAACAUAGACAAACCCCUACGCAUCAUUGGAGACCCCUACAAAGUGCAGCAAGCAAAGGAUAUGGUGAAUGAGAUCCUACGAGACAGGGACCAUGCAGGGUUUGCAGAACGAAGUGACUACGGCCCAAGGAUGGGAGGAGGAGGAGGAGGAGGAAGCGGAGGAGGAGGAGGGGGUGGGGGAGGUGGAGGCGGUGGCAUUGAUAUCGCUGUGCCCCGCCACUCAGUUGGAGUUGUAAUUGGCAGAAGUGGGGAGAUGAUCAAGAAGAUCCAGAGCGACGCUGGAGUGAAGAUACAGUUCAAACCAGAUGAUGGUACAGGUCCUGAAAAAAUAGCCCAUAUAAUGGGUCCACCAGACCAGUGUCAGCAUGCUGCAUCAAUCAUCACCGACCUGCUACAGAGCAUCCGUGCGCGAGAGGAGGGCGGCGGCCAAGGGGGUCCCCAAGGUCCUGGUGGAGGGAUGUCACCUGAUGGUCGUGGAAGAGGUAGAGGCCAGGGGAACUGGGGUCCUCCAGGAGGAGAGAUGACCUUCUCCAUUCCUGCCCACAAAUGUGGGCUUGUGAUUGGCAGAGGAGGAGAGAAUGUCAAGUCCAUCAACCAACAGACCGGCGCCUUUGUUGAGAUAUCUCGCCAGCCACCACCAAACGGUGACCCCAACUUCAAAAUGUUCAUCAUCCGAGGGUCCCCACAACAAAUCGACCACGCAAAGCAGCUCAUAGAAGAGAAGAUUGAGGCACCAUUGUGUCCAGUCGGCGGGGGUCCUGGUCCAGGUGGUCCAGGGGGCCCAGGUGGUCCAGGGGGGCCCUAUAAUCCAAACUCUUACAAUCCAGGGCCACCUGGUGGUGCUUCCCAUGGCGGCUCGCCUGGUGGCCCCCAGUACUGUCCACAGGGUUGGGGAGGUAACUACCAGCAGUGGCAAGCCCCAGGCCCACAUGACUCCAAUAAGGCGGCAGCAGCAGCAGACCCGAACACAGCAUGGGCGGCAUACUAUGCUCAAUAUUAUGGUCAACAGCCAGGAGGCGCCAUGCCAGGCCAGGCUCCUGGAGGCGGUGCACCAGGACAAGGGGACCAGGGCCAAGCCCCACAGGCCUCUGGGAGCCAGCCAGACUACACUAAAGCCUGGGAGGAGUAUUACAAGAAGAUGGGCAUGGCCCAGCCAGCUGGAGGGCCCGGAGCUGCUCCAGGGGCAGCAGCGGCCGCCACUGCAGCAGGCGGGGCUGGAGCGGGAGGCCCAGUAAACGGUUUGGCUCGGCCAUUUGGAAGGUUGUGAUGGCUCUCUGGACUCGUUUCUGUUUUCUAUCGAGAGAUUUCAUUUUUGGCUUCAACAAGACAAGACCAUGGUUUACUCAUCCACCAAGACAUUUUCUAUUCAAACCUACUUGUUUGUUUUUUUAAAGUCAAAAAUUGAAGUUAAAGGGAACCCAUUUUGCCCAUGCAUUGAACAAAGCCCUAAACAACUACUUGGGUUACUAUUCGGUUUGCCCCUUCACCUCACCCACACCGUGUAAUACUUUUGCUCGUUUAAAAUAAAAGUGAAAUAAGCAUCUUAGUUGGCAAGCUAGCAAAACAACAGCAUAUCAACACUGACUCACAUUUAAGUGUUUUUCCCCUUCAAUUUCCUGAGGGUAAACAAUUGUCUAGCAGUAUUUUGAAUAUACUCAGAAGUUAUGUUUGUAAGAGAAAAAGCAACAUUUUUGGUCUUUUCUUUCUUUUCCUUGUUCUUGGUACUUUUUUAACUUUUUUUUUUUUUUUAAGCAUUCCCAGUGUUUAAGUUGCAGGAGUAUUUUUACCUGCCAUCAUGAUUUCUCAUUUUAAUUUUAUUCAUUGUAAUUAUUUUCCUUUCAAGAGGGCUGUGUGUCUGUAUACAGUGUAUGCUACUGAACAGAAAUGUGUGAAAUGUGAGUUGGCUGUAAAAAAGGCGCAAACUGUCCUAUAGAAUGUAGGUUGGUUGUGUGUGCAUGUAUGCGUUUGUGUGCUUGACUGCCCUCAAUUUAAUUUCUCACUAUUGUGUUUUUUUUUUGUUCCAAUAGCUUCCCUUACUAUGCUGAUUUACUUGUUUUUGUUUUUUAGAUGUUAUUUUUUACUGCUUGUUUUUAAAUACUUAAAAUAAAACAUUGAAAUUA